AGGGCCGGAAGCACCGGGGCGAGCGUCUAAUCCCUAAUGCCCAAUUUUGGUGGCGUGCACCUGGCAAACUGCUGAUUGUGUGGGACGUCUAAUCUCUAGUCGCUCACCCCUCUACUUUACCACAGAGCUAGAAAUCGAUUUGAGGAAAUCUGAUAUCAAUGAGCGGGCGGGGAGACAACCCCACCCCUAAUUUCCCUGUUUACGGAAGUUCUGUCCCGGCCUCCUCAGACUGGUGUCGGCUUCCUUUUUCUCCACACCUCUAGCCGCCUUGUUUUUAUCGUUUUCGGCACCUGCCCUUCCCCAGCGCCCCCACCACCCGGAGCACUAUGUAUGAUCGGGCUCCCCGCCUGCUCAAAUUGGCUGAAGGUGGCAGCACUGAGGCCCAUGUGGGUCCUGGAUCCUACCAGGUACCUUUCCUGAAGCAGCAGGCGACAGGUAGUAAUGCACCAUUUCUUUCUUUGACUGCCAGAGAAAGUACUUUUACCAUUGCCUCUAGCAUUGAGAAAGCUGUUCCAGGUCCAGGACACUAUAAUGUUUCAGAAGCACAGUGUAACAUAAAAGGAGGCCAUAGUCUACAAAACUGGGAGAAACGUUUUAAGAAGUUUAUUUCAGAUAAUCCAGGACCAGCAAGCUAUGAUCAGUCUUGUCCUAGAACACAAGAUAUCAUGAACAGAAAAGUAUUAGAGACCAGAGAGCAUCUUCAGUCAAAAAUUUCAAGAUCACCUACACUUACCAGAAGUGUUGAUGUUCCUUCAAUUCCUUCUUGUGGAAAGUCAUAUGGUUAUCAUAUUAAUGAUGAUGGCAGUAUUAUAAAAUGUUUUCCACCUGCUUGUGACAGUACACUUGGUCCAGCAUACUACAAACCUCAAUUUGGUGUUUCCAGUGCAACUUUGAAAUACAAAGGUAUACAUUUUGGCAGCUCUUCAGGAAGACAAGAGUUACCUAAAAAGUCAGGUCCUGGUCCAGGACAGUAUGAUAUAGUCCAGAAAAAGACAUCAUAUUAUGAAAAUGUUAACAUCAAGAGAGAUCAACAACAAAAUUAUUGUUCAUUUAUCCCACAACUAUAUGAAAUAAUAGGAUUGCAGGAGAAAAAAAAGGGAGUACCAGGGCCUGGAAAAUAUGACAUUAAAAGUCAAUUUCAGAAGAUAGAAAGUAUGACACCAAAUGCAAAUGAUGCAUCUCCUGCUUUUCUUUCUCAAUCCCAGAGAUUUUUACCUAUGAAAUCAAUCACCCCGGCUCCUGGCACAUAUAAUGAACCUCGAACUGCUCUCAAGUCUUUGAAGAAAACAUCAGGACUGAAAAAUAUUCCAUUUGGUCAAAGUGCUGUUCGAUUCACACAGGACAUCAGGACAGAGGAAAUGCCAGGUCCUGGAUUUUAUAAUAUCUUGAACAAUACUAUAAUUGCCAGUGUUAGAAAUAUCUGCUCAAAGAAACAGAAGAAAAGUGCAUUUGGUUCUUCUGUUCCUCGGACUUUCUUCUGAGUUCAGAAAGAAGCUUGUGCUACCCCUGGACCUGCUGAUUAUCAGGAAUUUUGGCAUUCACAGGGUGGUGGAAUUUCUGAUGAAUUACCUAACUUGACUAACAAAUAUGCUGCUUUCUUGUCAAGAGCCAAAAGAACUAUGAAAGUACCAGAUAUGGUUAUUCCAGCGCCAGGCAGCUAUGAUGUUCACAAGUCAUAUGAGAUGUCCCAAGUUAAGCAUAAAUAUAUGCCACCUCGUAGUUUAGUGGCUAAAAGAAAACAUGCCUCUUUUCUUAGUGCAACUCCUCGGUGCCUAGAAAAAGUGACUGAUGGGCCAGGUCCUGCAGCAUACAAUCCUGUUUUAAGGAAAUCUUUCCCCAUACCCUUAUUUGUGAAAGCAUCAAAGUGCUUUGAAGAGUCCAAAGAGAUUACUCCAGGCCCAGCAACAUAUGAGGUUUGUCAAUAUUUCCUUCUUAUCAGUGACACAAGAAUAGAAUUAAUUUCCAGAAAGUACUACAAAUGUACAUAUUAAAGUCCUUUCCAUGUAUUUUAUUCACAUUGCUGAUUAAUGAAAAUAUUUUGACUAAGGAGAUUUUUGAAGAUGUGGUCUGACAUUUAAAAAGAAUUAUUUAAGAAUUUAAGAAUUAUUUAAACAACUUUUCUAUCUCUAAAUAUGCUUUGCAGUAUUCAUAUAUAUAAUUUAUUUAUAUUCCUACAAAUAUUAAAGCUCACUUGUUUACAUACUUGUUUGUAUUCAUACAUUGCAAUCUCUUAGUAUUUAUUGAAAUAAUUAUUUAUCAGAGAGCUCACAAGAAAGCCCUGUGGAUCAAGUAAAAUUGUGUGUUGCUCUUUUAUUUUCUUUUAAUGAACAUGGAUGCUGUAUUUAAGUUCAUAAUAAAUAAAGGUGUCUUUUAAGCUAUGGACCUUCUGAUCAUAACCUGAAAGAUUUUAGAAACUGUGUUCACAAUAGCCCUUUAUUGCCCUUUAGAGAAUCAGAAUGAAAUAGGUUCCCCAUUCCUACCCUACUAUUGAAAGUAAAAUAUUUUAUAGUGAUUUGUAACAAUUAAUUUAAGAGUUAAUUCUGAGUGCAAACCAAAAUGAAUGUUCUUUUUGGGGCUAAUGACAAGUUUAUUUAUAUUGAAUACAUGUUUUUCUCCUUACUUAAAAUGUCACAAUCUAAGGCCAGGCACAGUGUCUCAUGCCUGUAAUCCCAGCACUUUGGGAAGCUGAGGCAGGCAGAUACUUGAGGUCGGGAGUUUGAGACCAGCCUGGCCAACAUGAUGAAACCCUGUCUCUACUAAAAAUAUAAAAAUAAUCCAGGCAUGGUGGCAUGCACCUGUAGUCCCAGCUACUCGGGAGGCUGGGGCGGGAGAAUCGCCUGGAUCUGGGAGGCAGAGUUUGCAGUGAGCCAAAAUUGCACCACUGCACUCCAGCCUGGGUGACAGAGCGAGACUCCUUCUC